CUUUCCGCAUUUGCGCAGUGGGGCCCUGACGACACGUUGGGGCGAAAAGCAUGGCGGACGUUGAGGAAAACGUGAAGCCAAACACAGAUGAAACACUCGGCGGUUCGAGUAGCGAUGAUGAUAACAGUCGGUCUGAUGGCGGUGAAGUCGAUGAGACAGUGAAGAGCUUCAAGGACCUGGGUGUCACUGAGGUCCUCUGUGAGGCUUGUGACCAGCUGGGAUGGAAGAGUCCAACAAAAAUUCAGAUGGAAGCCAUACCUGUAGCUCUGCAAGGCAAGGAUGUUAUCGGCCUGGCAGAGACUGGUUCAGGAAAGACGGGCGCCUUUGCUCUGCCCAUCCUCCAGUCACUGCUGUCCUCACCCCAGAGGCUUCACACCCUCGUCCUCACCCCCACCAGGGAGUUGGCAUUUCAGAUCUCUGAGCAGUUUGAGGCCCUGGGCUCCAGCAUUGGUGUUAAGUGCGCUGUCAUCGUCGGAGGAAUCGAUAUGAUGUCACAGUCUUUGGUGUUGGCUAAAAAACCACACAUUGUUAUUGCCACACCCGGUCGGUUGAUAGACCACAUGGAGAACACAAAGGGUUUCUCCCUCCGAGCUCUGAAGUACCUGGUCAUGGAUGAAGCAGACAGAAUCCUCAACAUGGACUUUGAGACUGAGGUGGAUAAAAUCUUGAAGGUGAUUCCCAGAGAUAGGCGCACAUUCUUGUUCUCGGCCACCAUGACGAAAAAGGUCCAGAAACUCCAGAGGGCAGCUCUGAAAGAUCCUGUGAAGUGUGCGGUAUCCACCAAAUACUCUACAGUAGACAAACUGCAGCAAUACUACAUCUUUAUACCAUCAAAGUACAAGGACUGUUACCUGGUCUCCAUCCUGAACGAGCUGGCAGGCAACUCAUUUAUAAUUUUCUGCAGCACAUGUAACAACGCCCAGCGGGUGGCGCUGUUGUUAAGGAACCUUGGCAUCACUGCUAUCCCUCUUCAUGGCCAGAUGACUCAGAACAAACGUCUUGGAGCGCUGAACAAAUUCAAGUCCAAGUCUCGUUCUGUGCUGCUGGCGACCGACGUGGCCUCCAGAGGACUGGACAUUCCUCACGUCGACUGCGUCAUCAACUACGACAUCCCCACACACUCCAAGGACUACAUCCACAGAGUCGGACGAACAGCCAGAGCAGGACGGUCGGGGAAAUCCAUCACUUUUGUCACUCAAUAUGACGUGGAGCUUUUCCAGCGAAUCGAAACUCUGAUUGGAAAGAAACUUCCCGCGUUCCCAACCCAGGAAGAGGAAGUGAUGAUGUUGGUGGAGAGGGUGAGCGAGGCCCAGAGAUAUGCCCGGCUGGAAAUGAAGGAGCAGGGUGAGAAGAGGAAACGGCCCAGAGGAGGAGACGGAGACGAGGAUGACACAGAACAAGCAAGCGGAGUGAGGAAGAAAGUGAAGGGUGGACCAGGAGGAGGAGGAAGAGGAGAUGGAGGUCGAGGAGGGAUGAAGAAGCGGGGUGGAGCAGCAAGGAGGGGAAGACGCUGAAGCCUCUGACACAAACAGACUGUACAUACCCACAACAUCAUGAUGCCUCUCUUGUUUAUUCAGUGUCCAACUUGAGCAUGUUUUCCUGUAUUCAGUAUGGAAGAAAACUAAUUAAUUAUAGAAAACAUACUUUUCCCCGCCCUUGUAUGAGAGUUUUCCAUUUGUAAUAAAAAACACCCCAGUAAAACCCAA